AUGGCGGACAUAUCUCCUGCAACACCAGUUAACGCGGAAAGCACCUUGCGCAAACGACAUGGAUCGCGCCAAGUCGAAAUCAUUGGACCCGAUGGCCAGCACCGCAAGGUGGAUGCGGCCGACCUCAAUGAGGCCGACGCCGAGUUGGCGACCAGGUUUGGUUACAACCCGGUGUUUAAGAGAGAAUUCGGAUACCUAUCGACCUUCUCGUUCGCGGUUUCAAUCAGUGGUCUGUUCUCGACGAUCAUGACCACUAUGAUAUACCCUCUAGAAGCCGGCGGCGCUAGCUCGGUCGUCUGGUCUUGGUUUAUUUCUGGUGCUGGCUGCAUGUGCAUUGCUUGCUCUGUCGCCGAACUGGUUUCCGCGUACCCGACUUCGGGAGGAUUGUACUUUACGAUCUCUCGGUUAGCGCCUCCUAAAUGGGUCCCGUCCAUUAGUUGGUUUACUGGCUGGCUCAACCUUCUGGGUCAGGUUGCUGGUGUCGCUUCCUCCGAGUAUGGUGCCGCGCAGAUGCUUCUAGCCGCAGUCUCGAUGAGCAGGGACUUCGAUUACACCAUUAGUACCAACGCUACCAUUGGCGUCAUGGCUGCUCUCACCGUGGUCACGGGUCUAGUCAACUCCCUGUCAACCUACUGGAUGGAGAAGAUGACCAAGUUCUAUGUCAUCUUCCAUGUCUGCGUUCUUGUCGCUUGCGCUAUUGCUCUCCUGGUUUUGACUGACAACAAACACGAUGCUUCAUACGUUUUCACUCACGUGGAAUCGAAGAGUGGCUGGGAACCCAUUGGUUUCAGCUGGCUGUUUGGUUUCUUGUCCGUCAGCUGGACCAUGACCGACUAUGAUGCGACAGCGCACAUUACGGAGGAGAUCAACGAACCCGAGAAGAAAGCCCCCUGGGCCAUCUCGCUGGCUAUGCUGUUCACCUAUCUUGGCGGAUUCUUGUUCAAUAUCGUCCUGUGCUUCUGCAUGGGCAACCCCGACCAGAUCCUGAAGUCCAAGAUGGAGCAGCCUGUGGCGCAGAUCUUCUACAACAGCCUUGGCAAGGGCGGCGGUAUGUUCUUUACCAUCGCCGCUCUGAUCAUUAUCAAGUUCGUCACCUUCACCGCCAUGCAGGCUCUGGGCCGGACUGUCUUCGCCUUCUCGCGUGACCGCCUGAUGCCUUUCUCGAAUAUCUGGACCAAGGUGAACAAGUGGACCGGCACUCCCCUGUACGCCGUCUGGAUUUCUACUUUCUUCUGCAUUGCCAUCAAUCUGAUUGGCCUGGGAUCUUAUGCUGCCAUCUCUGGUGUCUUUACGGUCUGCUCCAUUGCCCUGGACUGGAGUUACUGUAUCCCCGUUCUGUGCAAGCUAUUGUUCAGCAAAUUCGAGCCCGGCCCGUGGCACAUGGGUACCCUUAGUGUGUUCGUCAAUGUCUGGGCCUGUCUCUGGACGUUGUUCGUCAGCAUCAUCUUCGUCCUCCCCACUGGACGUCCUGUGUCUGCCAGCACCAUGAACUACGCCUGUGUAUUCCUGAUGGCUGUUCUGUUUGCUGCCUUGUUUUACUGGGUUAUCCGCGGUCGCAAGGUCUACACUGGACCCGUUACCGAGGCUGUGGCAGAUGAUCUCUCGGAAAGCGAACAGAUCGUCGCUGAGAAGACUGACAAAGGUGUCUCCGUAUAA